AUGAACUUUAUAACUCGCCGAGCUCUUUCAACUUUAAUUCCUCCGAAGGUACGUGGAGCCUCAACAAUCGGGGCCGCUCAAGAUGCUGCUCGCAUGGCGCGUGUUGUAAGCUUUUAUGAAAAGCUUCCUCGUGGUCCGGCGCCGGAAAUCAAGCCCGAAGGCAUGCUCGGCAGAUAUCAAGCACGAUACUUCGGCAAAAACUCAAGUGCAACACCAAUCAUCCAGGUCAUUGUAGUCAUGUUAGCCGUUGGCUAUGCUCAAAACUAUUACUUCCAUCUGCGCCAUCACAAGAAUAACGCACAUUAG